GAUCCAGAAGUAACCAUGAAUAUUAGCGAAAUGAUUUCCUUCAUGGGAUAUCCCAGUGAGGAAUAUGAGGUAGUGACAGAUGAUGGGUAUAUCCUCAGUGUUAACAGAAUACCUCAUGGGAAAGGAAGCCAGUGGAACAAAGAUCCUAAGCCAGCUGUGUUUCUGCAGCACGGCUUCAUUGCAGAUGGCAGUAACUGGGUGUCAAAUUUUGACUACAACAGCCUGGGAUUUAUGCUGGCUGAUGCUGGCUAUGAUGUUUGGUUAGGAAACAGCAGAGGCAACACGUGGUCUCGAAAGCACAAAAACUAUACGGCGAAUCAAGAAGAAUUCUGGGCUUUCAGUUUUGAUGAAAUGGCUAAAUACGACCUUCCAGCCUCCAUUAACUUCAUCCUGAACAAAACUGGACAGGAGCAUGUAUAUUAUGUUGGCCAUUCACAGGGCACCACAAUGGGUUUUAUUGCAUUUUCAACCAUGCCACAGCUAGCUAAGAAGAUCAAAAUGUUCUUUGCAUUGGCGCCGGUAACCACAGUAAAGUUUUCAAGCAGCCCUCUGACCAAGCUUGCAGAGUUUCCUGAACUGGUGCUCAGAGAAAUGUUUGGAGCUAAGGCAUUUCUUCCCCAAAAUGCAUUCAUAAAGUGGCUUGCUACCCACAUGUGCGACCACGUCUUACUUGAUGACCUUUGUGGCAAUCUCUUCUUUCUGCUGUGUGGGUUUAAUGAAAGAAACCUAAAUUUGACCCGAGUUGAUGUAUAUUCAACCCACUGUCCUGCUGGAACAUCUGUCCAGAACAUGCUUCAUUGGUCUCAGGUGAUAAAAUCUGGGCAGUUCAGAGCUUUUGACUGGGGAAGCAAGGCAAAAAACAUGGCUCACUAUAACCAGGCCACACCACCUUACUACAAAGCAAAAGAGAUGAGUGUGCCAACGGCUUUGUGGUCCGGCGGUCAUGACUGGCUCGCAGACCCCAAGGAUAUCACUCUGUUGCUGCCACAGAUCUCAAACUUAGUUUACCACAAGAAUAUUCCUGAAUGGGAACAUCUGGAUUUCAUCUGGGGCCUCGAUGCUCCAGAGCGCAUGUACAGAGUGAUGAUCGAGCUGAUGCAGAAAAAUCCAUAGAUC